CUCCCACAAGUUCUGGAAGGCAAAAUGGCGGCCAAGGGAAAGAAAAAAGUGGACAUCCGAGAAUUAAUGCGCAAACAGAAAGCCGAGAGGGCCUCCAGCGGACCCAAACGGAUAGAAUCUCCUCUGGCAAGGUAUAACAGCCUGGGACAGCUGUUCUGUGUGGUCUGUAAGGUACAGGUGAAGAAUGAGCUGGUCUGGCCAGCACACAUCGCUGGCAAGAAGCACAAAGAGAAUGUAGAACUCCUGAAAGGUGGUGAUGUCACGUCAGUAGGUCCGAGCCCAGCUACCCCGCCCAGAAACCUGGCAGCAGGCAAGCGGAAAGUUGAGGACACCAGCUGCAGGGAGACAUCCUUCAGCCAGGAGAAGAAACAGAAAGUCAUCAGCAGUGUACCGAUUAAGGGCAUCCUCAAGAACGCAAAACCACUCACACCUGGAUUGCCGGCCACCUUUUUCGAUGGGACCAGUAAAUCCUCCACUUCUGCAGCAUCCCAAAAACCUCUUGUAGAUUUUGAUGAUGAUGAUGAUACUGAUGAGGAAGAAGAAAACAAUACCCCAGCAGGACUGCCUUCUGAUUUCUUUGACAGUAGUUCUAAAGCACCAGACAGCAGCACAGCAGCAAAACCUGAUGAUGGCUCUUCAGAAACUUCAAAGUCCAACACAGCAGAGGGAAUCCCAGAAGGUUUCUUUGAUGAUCCAGUCACAGAUGCCAAAGUCCGAAAUGUGCCACUUCCAAGUGAGAAUGAAGAGGAGGAAUGGCAGAGGUUUCAGAAAGCUAUCGCACUGGAGGCAUCGGCAUCUGAGGCGAUGAUAGAAGUGGAGGAUGAAGAAGUCCAGGCUGAUCGAGAGAUCACAGAGAUCGACGAUCAGAUUCACCGGUUACAGAAGGUGGAAUCCAUGGCAGAUCGGCUGGAGAAGGCAGAACAACAGAGGAUGUCCAGGAAGUCAGAAUCAGAGGAACAGGAAGCUGACAGUAACAGUGAAGCAGAGGAAGCAGAGUUUGAAGAAUUCUUAGACUGGAGAUCUAAAGGCACCUGGAAAUAACAGCACACAAAAACUCAACACUUCCUAUUUUGCUACAGAAUUAUGAUCUCUAUAUUACUUACCAAUAUUUUCUCACCUUAUGUACUAUAAACUCUCUCUCUUUUUGAACAAGUAAGGUAUCACAUGCAUAAUGUACCUUUAUUGAAAGCUUCAUGUAAAAAAGGUGUCUAGUGCAUAAGAUUGAAUGCACACAAUGUUCAUUGAAUCACUGAAUUUGAUCCUUUAAAGGAACAUGAAUGACGCAAUAAGCAAGGCAGUUAGUAUAUAUUACAAGCCUAUAAUACAAGGUCAAAGUCAUUGUGAAUUACGUUGAAUACACAUUUGUUACAUGACAUUAAUAUGCAUAUCAAGUUGUCAGUUUUUGUCUCAGAAUAAACAACUAUUUAAUCCAAUUAUUGGACAUGUAGAAUACCUAUUUCAAGAUUGGUUAGAUGCUACAUUUGUAUGUUUGAAUGCCUUCCUUCAUUCCAUGGUUAAAUUAUCUGACACGGACUACUAUGCUAUCUGUAUUCUUACCACAUUAUACAUGUUUUACAUGUAUUCAUGGUCCUUCAAGUCAUUUUGUAUAGACAACAGUUGAGUUUUACUCUGGUUCAAUAGGAAACAAGGCUGUCAGAGAUGGCAGACUUCACCCCCUUGAGAAUACGUGUGAUCACGCAAAACAUACCAAAAUCUGUA